UGCCACCACAGAGCUAAAACCCUAGGCCGUUUCUGCUUCUGUUCGUCAGCUUCUCCGGAGCUCUUCCGCCGUCGUGCUUGGCGGCGCAAUCAUGAUGAAACGGCAUUGCGAAGAAACAAAUUCCAAUGGAGCGCCGGCAAUCGAACCUGCGACGUCGUACAACACCGUUUUUGUAGAUACCAACUUUGAUACUCACUUAGCUUUAGUUGUCUCCGACUCGGAUUCUGUGUUCGAUCUCAAAAAAAAGGUUGCGUUUGAACAUUUAAGGUGCUUUCCUGAGAUGAAAGAGUUGAAGAUUUCUGCAGUGAAGGUGAAACGGAGAGGACAUUACUAUCACCUGUCCGAUACUAUGCUUGUCAGAAGUGUUUUUGAGGGUAUAAAAAAUGGCUGGUUCCUUUCUGUUGAUGCUUCUAGCUGUGACCAACAGUUACUUUGCAUCACAUAUGCGCAAACUGAACCUGACAAUCAUUCGUUCACUGAAAUGGCUAAAGAGAAGGUUUUUGAUACUAAUGAACCUCACAUAGUUCAUGCUAACUUAGCAUCAAGCUCCAUCGCGAAACAGAAGAAAGUCGCAAAGGUCAUUGGUGAAUUCAAGACCAUGGAUGAAUAUCAGCAACUUUCUCUCGGAGCUGGUCCUGUGGCUAAGAAGCUUCACACAGAAGAAGGCUUAGUCACAGAUACCCGCACUUCAAAGCAUGUGAUAGAUAAUGAUGCUUCUGAAUCUAAGGUUGUUGAAAAUGAUACUAAUAAAGGAGAAAGAGAGCAUACAAACAUGAGAUCCAAAAAUGCCAGUGCUGAACCUUUACCUUCUGAUCACAGUAAUAAGGUGUCAAAAUUGGGAAAGAAGAAAUGUAGGAUAGUUGGGGCAAGUGCUGAAAUUUCUGGUGUGCAGGACGCGCACUGUGGGAAUAGGAACAAUGAUAUACUUGACGAAACAUCAGAGUCCGGGAGUAUUGCGAAUAAAGUGAAAAAAUUGGAUAGCAAGGAAAGGCGUCGAGGUUCCACCGGGUUUAAUCGUAGGGAUGUUGCAAUACCGGACAACUCCACAGAACAUAGACCAAUAAUAAAAGCAGCUUUGGCAGAAACGUUGGAGGACCAAUCUUUGAGAACAGAUACAGCUCAUAAGAAGAGGAAAAAGAAGGAAAAGGACUCAUCCACUUGCCAUGAUGAAGGAGUUGAAAUGAAGAUUUUUGACAAGUUGACCGAUACUACUAUUCAAUCUGGAUUGAAAGAAACGGUGCGUUCGCAGAAAAGAGCAAAAUUAUCUGAUUUAAACAUUCACUUUCACAGUACAACAACUGUAAACAGGGCUUCAAUGCAUGUCAAAAAGAGAAAUGAACAACGAGAAAAAGAUAGUUAAAAUGAUAUCUAACAUCAAAUCCCACUGAUAUCAUGAAGACACAACUAGAACUUGUCAUGCUUGAGUUAUUCCCACCAAACACAAAGGAGACGGCAAAAUGGUUAGCAAUUGAAAAUUUUUAACCUACCUUAUUUAUAAUACUACCAAGUAUAAGAGCAUACAUACUACAAUUCACAAAUAGUUAUACUUACCUCUAACUAAUGAAAGAAGAAACCUUUGAAGUUGUACUUCCGCCACUUUUUAUUGAUGUUCAUAAGUAUGUUAACUUGAUUUUUCUUAAAAGA